AUGUGGGACCAGUGCGGCAUCGCGCCGAUCGACAGCUCUGAACUGCGCCUCACCACUGACCGGGAAGGCCGCCAAGUGGGCCAGCACAGGUCGCACAUUGUGGCAGCAGUCAGCAGUGCAUGGCUGAUAGCUAGAGCAGCAGCGUCAGGGUCGCAGGGUCGGAUCGUGUCAAGCCUCUCGCCCGGCCGGCCGCGUGCAGACGUCGGCCUGUCUGCUGUCUGGAGUGAUCUGUCGGCGGAGCCCGAGGAUGAGGCAGCGCUGGCGGCGAGAGAGGAUGCGGAGUUGGCGGCGGCGCUCGAGGAGAGCGCGAGGCUGGAGGUCGGGGCAACGCGUGCGGCGGGGGAUCAGGUGCGAGUCGCCGAGGGCGCUUCGUCACCGGCGGCGGAGGCGCCGCCUGAGGGAGAGGAGGAGCCGCCGGACGACUUUAUCUGCCCAAUCACGACCGAGGUCAUGAGCGACCCGGUGAUGGCGGCCGACGGGCAUGCCUACGAGCGGUCGGCGAUCGAGCGCUGGCUCGCGACCAAGUCGACGAGCCCUCUGACGGGCGGCGCGCUCGAGCACCCAUACCUCACCCCCAACCACAUGCUGCGCCGUCAGAUCCGGGACUGGGAGGGGGCGCGCAAGGCAGUUUGA